GGGUGUCCGGGUCACGUGACGGUGCCAACAUGGCGGCGCCGUGGCGGCGGUGCCGCGGCUGAGGGAGGUUGGGGUGUCCCGGUGGUGCCGCGGGCCCGAGUGCCCGCCCCGCUGCCGCUGCCGCCCCCGCCCCGCUCCGGGCACGCCAUGCAGCCCCCGGCCCGCGAGCAGGAUGCCCGCACCAAGAGCGUGUUCGUGUCGCGGGCCCUGGAGAAGAUCCUGGCCGAGAAGGAGGCGAAGCGGCCCCCGCACGGGCAGCUGCGCAGGGCCUGCCAGGUGGCGCUGGAUGAAAUAAAAAGUGAACUGGAAAAGCAAAGAGAAGGCACUGCUGCUCCACCAAAAGCAAAUUUCAUUGAAGCAGAUAAAUACUUCCUUCCAUUUGAGCUGGCCUGCCAGUCAAAGUCUCCACGCAUUGUCAGUACGUCCCUGGAUUGUUUACAGAAACUCAUUGCAUAUGGGCAUAUCACUGGCAAUGCCCCGGACAGCGGAGCUCCUGGAAAACGACUGAUUGACCGAAUUGUUGAAACCAUUUGCAAUUGCUUUCARGGUCCUCAAACAGAUGAAGGAGUACAACUGCAGAUAAUUAAGGCUCUCCUCACUGCAGUAACAUCUCCAUAUAUAGAAAUCCAUGAAGGAACAAUUCUUCAAACUGUUAGAACCUGCUACAACAUCUAUCUGGCCAGUAAGAAUCUCAUUAACCAAACAACUGCCAAAGCUACCCUGACCCAGAUGUUAAAUGUCAUUUUUACACGGAUGGAAAAUCAAGCUGUGCAGGAGUCCCGAGAGGCAGAGCGAGUGUCGGUGUCSCAGCAGAAGCCGCAGUCCCCUGCAGCGGCCGUGCCCCGUUCCCCACGGCCAGGCCAGCGGCAGCCCGGCUCCUGGGGAGGCAAAGGCAGCGCUGCCAGCGCCCUGCUGCCCAACGGGGAGCCCGCUGCGACAGGCGGCAGCCACGGGGAGCCCGCUGCGCCAGGCUGCAGCCACGGGGAGCCCGCUGCGACAGGCGGCAAGGAAACAAUUGAUGGAGGAAAGGAAAUGGUUAAAGGCAUCUUGGAAGAUGUGGUCCAGUCGGCUGUGAAAGUGGCUGAAGAAAAACAGGUAACAGAACCAGUCAAGGCUCUGCCUGCAUUAGAGACAGCAGAUGCUCUUCUUUCUGACUCCAGCAAUGAAAAUGUACAAACAAACGGCAUUCCAGAUGAUGGGCAGUCUGUUUCCUCCACUGAUAAUCUGGAAGCAGAAAUAUCUGGACAUCAAGCUGCUGCCAGAUUUUCCCAUGUUCUACAAAARGAUGCCUUCCUUGUGUUCAGGUCAUUGUGCAAGCUCUCCAUGAAACCGCUCGGGGAUGGACCACCAGAUCCCAAAUCCCAUGAAUUGCGUUCCAAGGUUGUGUCUCUCCAGCUGCUUCUCUCAGUGCUGCAGAAUGCUGGUCUGGUUUUCAGGACACAUGAAAUGUUCAUCAAUGCAAUCAAGCAAUAUCUUUGUGUAGCAUUAUCUAAAAAUGGAGUCUCUUCUGUUCCUGAUGUGUUUGAGCUCUCUCUUGCCAUCUUUCUCACACUGCUUUCAAAUUUUAAGACCCAUUUAAAAAUGCAGAUUGAGGUAUUCUUUAAAGAGAUCUUUCUGAAUAUUCUAGAGACUUCUUCAAGUUCCUUUGAACACAAAUGGAUGGUGAUUCAGACUUUAACUAGAAUUUGUGCAGAUGCCCAGUGUGUAGUGGAUAUUUAUGUUAACUACGAUUGUGAUUUAAAUGCUGCUAAUAUAUUUGAACGCCUUGUAAAUGAUUUGUCCAAAAUUGCACAGGGACGAAGUGGGCAUGAGUUGGGAAUGACACCUUUACAGGAACUAAGCCUGAGGAAAAAAGGACUUGAAUGUUUAGUUUCUAUUUUAAAAUGUAUGGUAGAAUGGAGCAAGGACCUUUAUGUGAACCCCAAUCAUCAGACUAGCUUGGGUUCAUAUAAACCAUCUGAACAGGAASUGGCUGAAGGCAAAUGCUUGGAGGCUGGAGGGAGACGGAGUAGUGUCAGUUCCUUGGACUCCACUGUGUCCACAGGAGUUGGAAGUGUUGGUACUCAGACUGCUGUCCCAGAUGAUCCAGAGCAAUUUGAAGUCAUCAAGCAACAAAAGGAAAUAAUUGAACAUGGCAUAGAACUGUUUAAUAAAAAGCCUAAGAGAGGAAUUCAGUAUCUACAGGAGCAGGGAAUGCUUGGCACUACAGCAGAGGACCUGGCACAGUUCUUGCACCAAGAGGAACGCCUGUGUUCUACUCAAGUGGGGGAGUUUCUUGGGGAAAGCAACAAGUUUAACAAGGAAGUGAUGUAUGCCUAUGUAGACCAGCUUGAUUUCUGUGGAAAAGACUUUGUCUCUGCUCUGCGAAUAUUUCUGGAAGGUUUUCGUCUGCCAGGUGAAGCCCAGAAGAUUGAUAGAUUAAUGGAGAAGUUUGCUGCUAGAUACAUUGAAUGCAACCAACGGCAAACACUAUUUGCUAGUGCUGACACUGCCUAUGUUUUGGCAUACUCCAUUAUAAUGCUGACUACAGACUUGCACAGUCCACAGGUAAAAAAUAAAAUGACAAAGGAGCAAUACAUUAAAAUGAAUCGAGGAAUCAAUGACAGUAAAGACCUGCCAGAAGAGUAUUUAUCCACAAUCUAUGAAGAAAUAGAAGGGAAGAAAAUUGCCAUGAAAGAGACUAAAGAAUACGCAAUUACUACCAAGUGUAGUAAACCAAGUGUAGCUAAUGAGAAGCAGCGGAGGUUGUUGUACAACUUGGAGAUGGAACAAAUGGCCAAGACAGCCAAAGCCCUCAUGGAGGCAGUGAGCCAUGCAAAGGCUCCUUUCACCAGCGCCACUCACCUGGACCAUGUCAGACCCAUGUUCAAACUGGUGUGGACCCCGUUGCUGGCAGCGUACAGCGUUGGUUUGCAGAACUGCGAUGACCCCGACGUCGCGUCGCUGUGUUUGGAAGGAAUCCGCUGUGCCCUCAGGAUAGCUUGUAUCUUUGGGAUGCAGCUUGAACGAGAUGCUUAUGUACAGGCCCUUGCUCGUUUUUCCUUGUUGACCGCCAGUUCCAGCAUUACAGAAAUGAAGCAGAAGAACAUUGAUACCAUUAAGACACUUAUUACAGUUGCUCACACAGAUGGCAACUAUCUCGGGAAUUCUUGGCAUGAGAUCUUGAAAUGUAUUAGCCAGCUGGAGCUGGCACAGCUCAUAGGAACUGGUGUGAAAACUCGAUACUUGUCUGGUUCUGGGCGUGAGAGGGAAAGCAGCAUUAAGGGCUAUGCCUCUGCAGGAGAAGAGUUUAUGAGCCUGGGAUUAGGUAACCUCGUGGGGAGUGGGGCUGACAAACGGCAYAUGGCAAGCAUUCAGGAGUCUGUGGGGGAGACCAGCUCUCAGAGYGUGGUGGUAGCAGUAGACAGGAUUUUCACGGGCUCCACGAGGCUGGAUGGCAAUGCCAUAGUGGACUUUGUGCGCUGGCUGUGCGCCGUGUCCAUGGACGAGCUGGCGUCCCCGCACCACCCGCGCAUGUUCAGCCUGCAGAAGAUCGUGGAGAUCUCCUACUACAACAUGAACCGCAUCCGCCUGCAGUGGUCCAGGAUCUGGCAUGUCAUUGGAGAUCACUUCAAUAAGGUUGGCUGUAACCCGAAUGAAGAUGUUGCCAUCUUUGCCGUUGACUCAUUAAGGCAGCUGUCAAUGAAAUUCCUUGAGAAGGGAGAAUUAGCCAACUUCCGCUUCCAGAAAGACUUCCUAAGGCCUUUUGAGCAUAUUAUGAAGAAAAACAGAUCUCCAACAAUCCGAGACAUGGUGAUCCGCUGCAUUGCACAGAUGGUGAACUCUCAAGCUGGUAACAUUCGUUCAGGCUGGAAAAAUAUCUUUGCAGUCUUUCAUCAAGCAGCAUCAGACCACGAUGGGAAUAUUGUGGAGCUGGCCUUUCAGACUACAGCACACAUAGUUACAAAUAUUUUUCAGCAGCAUUUUCCAGCAGCAAUUGACUCAUUUCAGGAUGCAGUAAAAUGCCUCUCUGAGUUUGCCUGUAAUGUUGCCUUCCCUGACACCAGCAUGGAAGCCAUCAGGCUKAUUCGCUACUGUGCGAAAUACGUCUCAGAAAGACCACAGGUGUUAAGAGAAUACACAAGUGAUGACAUGAAUGUGGCUCCUGGGGACAGAGUGUGGGUCAGAGGAUGGUUUCCUAUUUUAUUUGAACUUUCUUGUAUUAUCAAUCGUUGCAAAUUAGAUGUUCGUACAAGAGGCUUAACAGUGAUGUUUGAAAUCAUGAAGAGUUACGGGCACACCUUUGAAAAGCACUGGUGGCAAGACCUGUUCAGAAUUGUGUUUCGGAUUUUUGAUAAUAUGAAGCUCCCUGAACAACAAACAGAGAAAUCGGAGUGGAUGACCACGACGUGCAACCACGCCCUUUAUGCCAUCUGUGAUGUCUUCACACAGUUCUAUGAAGCUUUACACGAGAUCCUUCUUCCUGACAUUCUUGCACAGUUACACUGGUGUGUAAAACAAGAUAACGAGCAGUUGGCACGAUCAGGUACAAACUGCCUAGAAAACCUGGUAAUACUCAACGGACAGAAAUUCAGCCCUGAAGUCUGGGCACAGACAUGCAAUUGUAUGCUAGAAAUCUUCAAAACAACUAUUCCUCAUGUCUUGCUGACAUGGAGGCCUGUAGGAAUGGAGGAAGAUUCAUCUGAAAAACACUUGGACUUGGACUUAGAUCACCAGUCUUUAAGCAGCAUGGAUAAAAAUGCUUCUGAAAGAGGACAAAGCCAAUAUUCAAAUCCAACAGAUGAGAGCUGGAAAGGUGGUCCUUAUACAAACCAAAAGCUAUUUGCUGGCCUCCUGAUCAAGUGUGUGGUACAGCUGGAGUUGAUACAGACCAUUGAUAACAUAGUGUUCUAUCCAGCAACAAGCAAGAAAGAAGAUGCUGAGCACAUGGCUGCAGCUCAGCGAGACACAYUGGAUGCAGAUAUCCACAUUGACACAGAAGACCAAGGAAUGUAUAAAUAUAUGUCUUCACAUCACCUCUUUAAAUUGCUGGAUUGUCUGCAAGAGUCUCAUUCAUUUUCAAAAGCCUUUAAUUCAAAUUAUGAGCAGCGAACUGUGUUAUGGAGAGCAGGCUUCAAGGGCAAAUCCAAGCCCAACCUGCUGAAACAAGAGACCAGCAGCCUGGCGUGCUGCCUGCGGAUCCUGUUCCGCAUGGACGCGGACGAGCGGCGGCGCGAGGCGUGGGGCGCGGUGCAGCAGCGGCUGCUCAGUGUGUGCAGUGAAGCCCUGGCCUAUUUUAUUACUGUCAACUCAGAAAGCCACAGAGAAGCCUGGACCAAUCUUCUGCUGUUGCUUUUAACAAAAACACUAAAAAUCAGUGAUGAUAAGUUCAGGGCACACGCUUCCACCUAUUACCCGUACCUGUGUGAGMUCAUGCAGUUCGACCUGAUCCCGGAGCUGCGCGCCGUGCUGCGCAAGUUCUUCCUGCGCAUUGGGCUGGUGUUCAACAUCUGCAUCCUGCAGCAGCAGCCACGGACAACUGGGCUGAGCCUGCCUUCCUGCUAGCUCCUAGUGAGACCUUUGCACUGGCCUGGACAUAAAGCUGUGCCCAGAGAUGGAUUGAAGUGGAUGGGAAAAACGGGAUGCUGGUGUAUCACCCCAGGAGCAAGUCAUUCUUACCACAAUGGCAUUCGGGAAUGAGGAAAAUAAUCCUGUUUUGUCCAUCCUACAGAAGUGUCCGCAGUUUUAUUUAAGUUAUUGCUUACAGAGUCAGUACAGUAGGUGUGCAGUAUCUUUGUUUUGUUGCUAAUCAUCUGUGUGAUCCAGUGUGUCUCUUCUAGUCUUUUAUCCACUGCUCASUUUUGCAUCCCAGCUAGAGCUGAUAAAUUAGCUGGAUCUCUCCRCAGAAAUGAUGCCCCUUGGAAAUAAUGACUAUAUUGUGUAGCCUUGUGAUGUUGGCACAUGUUCAUAAUAAACUCGACUGCAGUGGCCAAUGGCCACCUGAGAUCCCUCUGGGUUUUCCUUUGUGUCCAGGACCAGGCCAGGCAGGGCAUCGGGCUCUUGAGGUGGACUGUAGAAUAUUUGGAGAAGGUUUUCUUCCUGUUGAUUUWAAAAAAAAAUUAAUAUCAGUACUGCAUCUUCUGAGACUUAGUUUUAGUUUUACAGAAGAUUUUACAUCAGGAGCAUAAAUAGCAUCUACUCCCUUUAGCUUUUUAGGCUAGAGUUAAAGGCAUUUAAGAAAAGGCUUUCCUUUUCCUUUCAUACACUGGCAGAUCAUGGACAGAGCAUACACAGGAACAUCAAAAUCGAGGCUCAGAACAAAUAAAACCACCUUUUUAACCCUUUAAUAUAAUGUAUUUAGCAGCAAUUGUGACUGUUAAGCAAUAAGUCCUGUCCUUAACACAAGUUUGUCUCAUUUUACUUUAGAUCUACAACUUCUGUCAUUUUGUGCAAAUGAUUUUUUUCCUCAACUGUUGGUUCCUGUUGGGAUCCACAAAAGCCUGAAUUUCCAAAAAACUGCUUUAGCAAAAUUAAACAAGUUCAUCCAUGUGCUAAGUUACUAACAUGAUUCUGUGCUUUGAAGGUACCUGUGAAAUGUGACAUUACACCACAGCUUUGCCUGCCCAAGAGUUUUCUUUCCUUGAACUGCAUCAGGUUUCUGUGACAAUGUUUCCAUGUCAGAAUACUAUAUUGACCUUUGAAAUAAUUUUAAAUUUCAAGUUUCAAGACUUCUCUAAAUCAUGAAAGUGUGGCAGGAUGGGAGGAGAGGCUUCCAAAAAUAUUGCAAACAAAGUGUUACGUUAACUGCUAUGCUAUCCAAGUAGCAAACUUGAAAUAUUAACAAUACUUAAAGAAAAAAAACCAAACUGACAAAGAGUAAAACAACCUACUUACUUGAAUGGAACUAAGUGUAUAACCUUAUAAUUUUGGUUUUUGAGUUGAGUUUCCUGGUAGGAUGGCCUCAGGUGAGAUUGUGUUGGGAUACACUGCUCUGGGCUGCUGGGAAUGCACAGUCUUUGGGGUGUUGUUUUGGUUGCUGUUUGUUUUUUUGGUUGGUUGGUUUGUUUUUUCAUGAUCUGUUUUCAAGGGGUUUUUAUGGUGCUCCUCAGUACAUCGGCUUGUGCUAUGUAAACAUUGUUUUGGAAAGGUUUUGCAGUCAGCAGUAGUGAUAAGGAUUUCAACAUUUAUUUUUUCCACUGUAUUUUUAACCAAAGAAAAAUAAGUGGUGGUUGUGGCUCUUUGAUUUUUAAAUGCCUAUUAGGUUAAAUCUAUACACUGCUAUUUAGCUGAAGGGAAUAUAUGUCUACAUAUGACAAUAGGAGAAGAGUGGAAAAUAAGCAGUGCUGGUAUUUAACUUGCUGCAUUUGAAAUUUCCUUUUGUGUUGUAUCUUGGGUAGCUGCUCAUUCCCUGGAAGUGUCACUGCAUCAGUUACUGCAGAAAAUGAAGUAUUUAUUUUAAUUCUAUUUAAAUCUCUAAGAAUAUGCUGUUCUUUUCUUUGGGUUGUAGGUAGUCGUAAGAAAAAUAAUCGAACCAUUAUUUUCAGAUUUGGAAUGUGUCACUGCCUCACGGAAUGUAUUCCCUCGUGGCCCAGCUGCAUGUUUCUCUGUGUGUCAYAGGUUUAAAAGCCCUUCAGUCAUGUCUGGAAACAAGUCUCAAUUCUGAGACCUUAAAUGACUUCACAGUUGCUUCAUGGGCUUUCUUUGCUGUGAGGGGAAGCAUUUGGACUCUGCACACAGCAUAAAGAUGUUUAAUCCAUGCUUCCCUUGGUCUGGGAUGUUCUUUUCCCUAAGCUUUUGUUGUAUUUAUCCCRGUUACAAACUGCUGGAGCUGGGUAUGAGAUACCCAACCCUCCCAGAGUCUGCAGCGCAUGAAGGAGSAGGGGACUGGAAUUGGGCACUGUCAGAGCCCUCCUCGUGUCCCGUUUCUGCUGCUGGGGCGCUUGUCCCACCAGAGGAACAAUCGGGCUGUGUUCCCGUUGUGUCCGCAGCACCUGCUGAUUUUCCUCAGCAAGAGCAGAACCCUGGGGCACCAGCGAGGCUCAGCCCAUCCUGGAGCGGUCCCAGCUCGUUCCUUGUCCCCGCUGCCCUGGCCCGGGGUUUGUUUGCUCUGCUGGAGCCAGCGCUGCCUGCAGACAGGACUGUGCAGCUGGAACUGUUCUGCCCUGUAAUGGAAUAAAUAAUGCACAGUCCGUGGGAUUURUUGUUACGUGUCAUUUCAGACCUCCCGAGAGAAGGGACGGGGAGAAAAUGCUGAUGAGGAAAUCCCUAAACCCUCCCUUUCGUCGUGAUUAAAACUCCCUUCGUGUUGCUUCUGUUGUGUCUUACAGUCCAGGAAACGGUUGUUUUUACAGCAGUUUGUUAUCCGUGUCUGGUAUCUCACUUUCCAGAGUGUAAACAGAACAGUCUAAAGCAAUGUUCACUACGACAACCGACAACCCCCACAUUUUAGCUCAGUUUUACUAUUUAGGAGAAAGGUUAAAAUGAGUAGCUCUGUCAAAAGUGCAUCUUCCUUUAAUCUGUAUCUAAAUUGUUCAGCACCUUUGUUUAAAAUGUAAUUUUUCACAUAUUGAAAAUGCCUGAAUUUUAAUAUCUCCAUAUUAAGUGCAUUUACUAUCAAUAAUUUAAAGACCAUUCCUUGCCAAUGGAUGUAUAGAGUUCUGAAAUAAUACCAAAAUUAUAUAAUAUGAUAAACUGUGUAAAGUUUUCUACAUGAAGAUACGAUGUAUAAUAGUUAUAAUAUUCCAUGCUUUAAUCAAGUGAUAAUAAAAUUUUACGAAGCGUUGCUCUUUU